AUGGAGUCUGCCUACAAUCACGCAGUGGAAACCUUCCGUACUGAAGAGUACCCCAUGCUUAAGGAAUCUCUCUAUCUUGAUCAUGCAGGAACGACGCUCUAUUCAAAAUCAUUGAUGGAAACCUUUAUGAGGGAAAUGGUGUCAAACUUGCAUGGGAAUCCUCAUUCAGUGUCACCCUCCUCUCAGUUGUCAUCCAAACGAAUUGACAAGACACGGCAUGAAGUACUAGAGUUUUUCAAUGCAGAUCCCAAAGAAUUUGAUGUUGUUUUUGUUUCCAAUGCGACAGCAGGAAUAAAAUUGGUUAUGGAUUCGUUCCGAGGGCAAGAUGCCAGUUUCAACUAUGCCUACCAUCUAGAAUCACACACAAGUAUUAUCGGAGUCAGAGAAAAUGCUCAAAAAAGUUAUUGCUGGAAUGAUAGCGAAGUAGAGCUUUGGCUAUCUGGUUCCAAAGUUCAGGGUACAAUCCCCGACCUGAACCUAUUCUCUUAUCCAGCACAGUCAAAUAUGAGCGGGCGGCGUCUCCCCCUCUCUUGGUCUCAUAAAGUCAGGUUAUUAAGUGCGACCAUGAGAAUUCCUAUAUACACGCUGUUAGAUGCAUCAUCUUUAGUUUCCACUGCACCACUAGACUUGAGCGAUACUGCCAAAGCUCCGGACUUUACGGUACUCAGCUUCUACAAAAUAUUUGGAUUCCCAGACCUCGGGGCCUUAAUUGUGCGAAAAAGGUCGAAUGUUAUACUACGACAGCGAAAAUACUUUGGGGGAGGUACAGUCGAUGCUGUUAUUAGCUUUGAAGAACCUUGGCACGCUCUCAAAGAAGGUCCUAUCUAUCAAAGUCUUGAAGAUGGUACCUUGCCAAUACAUAGUAUACUAGCACUUGAAGUCGCCAUUCUGGAUUAUCAUAGGUUGUAUAGUUCUAUGACGAGAGUUUCGCAGCACACCAAUUUUCUUGCUCAAAUACUAUAUCACGAGCUCUCCUCCCUAAGGCAUGGAAAUCUGCGUCCUUUAUGUAAGCUCCACUCGCAAGGAUUCCAGGCGGACCAAACCAAUUUACAAGGACCUAUAAUAGCAUUUAAUCUGUUGAAUAAUGACAGUUCUUGGAUCAGCAAUAGUGGGUUUGAAAACCUCGCUGCAGUACGAGGAAUUCAUGUAAGAACUGGUAGCAUCUGCAAUCCAGGCGGCGUUGCUGCUUGUCUUGAGCUUGAGCCAUGGGAAAUCCGAAGAAACUAUUUGGAUGGAUUCAGAUGUAGUACUGGACCUGAUAUUUUUGCGGGCAAGGUUACUGGCGUCAUUCGAGUAAGUCUAGGCGCUAUGAGUACGAUAGGAGAUAUUAUGAAAUUUAUAUCAUUUGUAAGAGAAUUUUUUGUUGACCCUGCUGUUAAUAUAGCCUCACCAAGUGCUCUUCACACUCCUUAUACGACUGAUCAUGUCGUCGAGAGUCUUACCAUUUACCCAAUUAAAAGUUGUGGUGGCUUCGUCAUUCCACCUGACGUAGAUUGGGAGGUAAGGCCAGAAGGCCUAGCCUGGGAUCGCGAAUGGUUACUUGUUCAUGAAGGGAGUGGCCAAGCUCUAAGCCAAAAACGGUAUCCACAGAUGGCAUUAAUACGUCCUCGGGUAGAUUUUCAGAGUGAAGAAUUAGUCAUUAAAUAUGAUGGUGACCACGCUCAUGAUAUUCCUGAAAUUCUCACUGUCUCUCUAACAUUAGAUCAUAAUCUUAACUACCCGAACAAGAAAAUGAAUACUUUUUCCUCUCGAGUCUGUGGGGAUGCAAUCCUUGCCAAUGUUUAUCAAGAUACAUAUAUUAAUCGAUUUUUCACUUGUAUUCUUGGUGUACCUUGUCUAUUGGCUAGAUUUCCUGCCGGUGGUGCUGGACUGAGCUGUCGACAAAGCAAAGCCCAUGUACAAAAACACCAGGCCCUAUACAGCAAUCGAAAUUCUAAUUUUUCUGGAGAAAAUUCCGAAACUACAGGCAGCCAUUUCAGUGCAACACAAUCACUACCUAUCCUACUUUCAAACGAAAGUCCUAUUCUAAUGAUCAAUCGAACUAGCCUUGACCAUCUAAAUAAUAAGAUCAUCCAAAGCGGAGGGAAGCCAGCUUCAGCUUCAGUCUUUAGGGGAAACAUUGUAAUUGGACCCAAAAAAAGUCAGCAUCAAAGACCUUAUUCUGAAGAUCAUUGGACCUCUAUAACGAUAGGGCUACAGAGAUAUAAAAUGCUAGGUUCUUGUCGCCGAUGUAACAUGAUUUGUAUCGAUCAAAAGACUGCCGAGAAAAAUGAGGAGCCAAUGGUUACCCUAGCUAAAACCCGCACCUUCAACUCUAAAACUUUUUUUGGAUGUCAUAUGUGUCAUAUGCCGCACACUUUUACGAAUGAUCGAGAACAAACCCCUAUUAUCCGGGUAGGGGAUCCUGUUCAGAUUAGCAUUGAGCCUAUCUAG